AUGCAUAAUGCAAAUGAGGAAUUCGAAUCUUCAUUUGCCCAUUCCUUCCUUCCUUCCUUCCGUCUGUCAGUUACCUUCCCCAAAAAGAAAAUCCUCCCCGAGAUGGGUUGGUACUGGGGUCCACUAAGUUUUACAGAUGCGGAGGUACUCCUGGCGAAACGGCCUGAUGGAACCUUCCUGGUACGAGACAGCGGACACGAUACCUUCUUCCUGAGUCUCAGUUUCCGGGUUCGGGGUACCACCUAUCACACCCGCAUUGAGCACAAUCAA